ACCUCACCAUCGCCUGAAAAAUAAAAAUCAAAUCCCCAUGCGACGGCGACGCGAUCCCCUCCCCCUAUCCUAACUGCCGCCAAGGGGAGGCUCUCCAAUCCAUCCAUCUCGGCCAAAUCCCCCGCCACCCUCUCCAGCAGCCGGGCCGGGGCUUCGAUCGUCGACUCCCGAACCGCAGCGAGCCCUGAAACCCUAACCUCGACGAGUGAGGAGCGAAGGCGGAGACCGCGCGCCAUCGCCUGGUGAAGAAAUCGUCGUCAGGCCGAAGCGGCAGCGCAACAAGGAAAAACGACGCCUCACAUGGGCACGGGAUCCCCUCUGGGGUCCUAGAUUGUGUCUUGGUUGGAGAAGAGUCUGCCGUGGUGCCGGAGCAGCAGCGCCCACGGGUCGUCUCUUUAGACUCAGGUCGGCCCAUCUACUUCGUCUCCCACCUCGCCCCCAUCCGUCCAAUUUCUCACCGUCUCCUCCUCCGACCGAGAGGGAGAUGAGCGGUGGCGCGCGAAGGGUCCUGGAGGCGUGGAGGCUCGGGGUGGUCAGGUACGGCGACGCGCUCCAGAUCCAGGAGCGGCUGGUUGCGGACCGCAAGGCCGGCCAUGUCGGCGACCUCGUGCUAUCGCUGCAGCACCCGCCGACCUACACCCUCGGCAAGCAGCGCGAGAAGGCCGAGCGCAGUCUGCUCGCGCCGGAGCACGAACUACGUGCUCUCGGCGCCGAGCUCCACGGUACGGAGCGCGGCGGCGACGUCACCUUCCAUGGGCCGCGGCAGGCCGUGCUGUACCCGAUCCUCUCUCUCCGUGCACUAGGGCUCGGCGCGCGGAGGUACGUUGAGGGCCUCGAGUCCGCGAUGAUCGAGGUGGCGGCGCUCCAUGGCGUCUCCGCGCGGCCGGGCGAUCCGGGGGAGACCGGCGUGUGGGUCGAGGACAGGAAGAUCGGCGCUAUCGGGGUCAGGAUCUCGUCCGGGUUUACGUGGCACGGGCUGGCGUUCAACAUCAACCCCGAUCUGGGAUACUUCGAACACAUCGUGCCCUGCGGCAUUGCAGGCAAGGAGGUCACCUCGCUGCGGCGGGAGGUGGGGGACCGGGUGGAGCUCCCGGCCGACGAGGUAAUCCAUGACCAGCUAGUGCGGUGCUUGGCGAGGACAUUGGGGUUCACCGAUGUGGAAUUCAAGGAUGAUUUAAGUCUGGAGACGUGAUUCGCUCAGCUGUAGUUGUACAAUCCUGUUUUGUGGUUUAAUCUGUACACUUGGCAUUCUUCAGAAUGUCCUCUCAUCAAAUUUUGGAAGUGCAAUCUGGAAUUUUUUAUCCGAUUGUAUUCAUGGCAAUGGAUGGUUGGUUAUUCCCAUGUUAGAGGUCAGCAAGCACCACCACAAGUCUACAGCAGCCAGCCACUCAAGUCCAAGAUGAAUCAGUCAUUCAGAUACAACCAUAUAAAUUCCAAAACAAUAGCUGAAGCAUCUGUGGCUGGCUGAUCGUUAACCCCCUGCUCUAUCUCCAAGAAUUGUGCCUAAUUCCAUGGACUUAUCUCAUCUAAGAAAUUCGUAAGCUUUGCUGUUUA